CUCGACACAAAAAAAUCGAAUCGCACUGAAAAUGUCUAGUUACGAUCGUUAGCAUUGAUUAGGGAAGCGAAAAUUCCUUCUGGGUUGUCUAAUAUUGCCCAAUCUAACUCCAAAUCUGUUCCUUUCGAUGAUGCAAAGUGCCGAGAAGUGGAAAAUGGUUUUCAAAGGUGCCGAUUCGGUGCAAAAGUGAAGCAAAUGGUGCUUUAAAAGUGUGUCCUUUUCCGUGUAGCGAACAAGGAAGACAGUGGCACUUUCAAGAGAGGUGAAAAAUCGAUUUUUGUCGGAGGCUUGAAAAAUUGCAUCUAUUAUUGCGACGUUUAUCCUUUGACGAUGGAUGUAAUUGCUUUGAAAUUGGAAAAUCCGGAAGCGCUUCGAGGAGGCAAUAACAAUAAUAGCAUCAGUGCGGGCAGCUGUGAUAGAUUGGAGGACAAAUUGGAGGCAUCAGCAGUUCCAGGAAUGACGAGUAGCAUAGCUAGUAUCUUAGAUGAUACCACACCGAGUGAUUCCGGAAUUCAACUUCUGGAUUCGGAAUCCAGUGGUCUCACCGAAUCGAUGAUAUCCAGUGCCGGUGGGUUUGAUUUCGAGGUAACAAAUCUACAGAAUAACAACAACAAUGAAAAGCUGGCGCUGGAUAGUCCAAUCAAGGAAGUACUGGGCAAGUAUGCGGAAGUUGACAUCCAAAACACAAGCGGUGGGGCCGAAGAAGAUGAGAUAGAGCAAGCAAUGACUAGCAGCCAGCUGCCAGAUGAGAUGAUCUCGAGCACUUGUUCAACAUUCGACACGGAAAAUAUUGUAUACAGAAGAAGGGUAAAGAAAACGGGCCAAGCACCGUGUAAAACUCCGAAGAAAAGGGUUUCCUUUCACGAAGACAUUCUUAAAAAUACGAAAACUGACAACAUUCACAUUGAGCAUGGGUUUAUUACUUAUAAAUCAGGAGCGAAUAAACACAAACAACCGGUUGGGGUUAAAGGACGGUACUCCUGGUGUUCCGAACAUAACGACGACGGGUUGGACUAUGCCGAUGAAGACGCAGAUGAGAACCGUCAGUACGUGUACAGGAAUGCGUGUUCGGAUGUUUUGGAUUACGGCAAAACAGACGUCUUCGAAAACAUUGAGGAUGAGAAAAAUUUUGUCAAAUAUGACAACUCUGGGGUAUUUGAAUAUGGUCCUCCCGAAAAACGCAGUGCUUCUAAACAUAAUAAAAACGGCAAAGAAUUCUACGAAUGCAGUUGUUCAGGGUCCAAUUCCAGUUUGGACUCGGGCAGUAGCAAUGAAGCCUCGAAUUACAAGCAAAACAAAUCAAACAGCUGUGAAUGUAUUGGCCAGGGUCGACAUCAGAACAAAAGUAACAACAAUAUAAUAUUGGACAAUUGCUACUACAGUGAGCCUAACAUCGAGCAUCUGGACGAAUUCAACGGAAACAAUUUGACUGAUGGAGAACGGGUAACGAAAUCGGUAUGGAGCAAAGAGAAGAAACCAAAAAGCAGCUGCUUGAAGAAAACCAAACGAAACAUGAUGUACACUAACAUUGUCGUACCGGAAUAUGAUUUGACCAAGAAGGUCAAAAAAUUUAAUGUGCACCAUUUAUCGGUGAUUGACAAUAGUAAAAUGAUUUUUGGUUCAUUAAAAGACAUUUUUGGCAUCGCACUACCGGAACGCGGUGUUCCGGAAGGAUCGGAAGAUCUUUCUACGGUUCGGGAAUGUAUACCGGAAGUAAACGAUUCGAUGAUUGACGAUUUCACCGUGGUUCAAAAGCCUAAAAACUUUUUGUCUAAAAGUUUGGAUGGUGGUUUCAACAGCAACAACAAACAAAACGGACCGAAAAAGUACGUGCACAAUGUAGAUGAACAGCUUCGUCGUAAAAACGACGAAGAUUUGUUUGCUCCAAGCCGAACGAAUAGCUUGGAAGACGAGGAAGAAUCUCAGAAACUACCCGAAUCUGAACAAAUUCAACAACCAUCGCAAAUAAGCGACCAGCAACCGAAGGCUCCCUAUCGCAACAAGUAUAUUAUAAACGGCGAAAGCACAGUGUUUGAGCAUACUGGAGUUUCGUACUGCUACGAUGGAGAUGGAGAAGCUAGUCCUACCGCAGAAGAAAGCCCUUCUCAAAGAGAGUUGCUAUUCGGUGAAACGACCAGCGGAUCUUUCAUGGGCAAAUCGCAAAUUAAGAAAAAAUUGUCUAACAUUUUCCAAAAGAUGAAUGUAAUUAGCUCAAAUGCAACUUCACCAACGACCCGCAGCGGUGGGGAUGGUUUGGAUGCCCCUCCAGGACUAAAAGUGACACCUUCUCAGUCUAGAAAGCAAUCGAAAGAUGAACUCGAUAAUGGGCCAGGCGGCAUGGUAGAAUCGACGGUCGAGAAGAAAACUGACAACCGAAUGGAAAGUAGUACAAUUUUCUCCUGUGGAAGUGAUCACAGUUCUUCGGUGUUGUCGGAAUCGAGCAAAGAGCAGAAGAGUGCACAUUCACGCGAACAUGCAAUUUCGAAUCUCAGCUCACCUCGUGGUUCAAUCACCGGCACUAAAAACCGUCAUCUUCCUUCGCCAAUGCGCAAAAAGUCCCUAACUACCCGGUUGGACUCAUCCCGGACACGGAUGAGUCCAGAUCUGUUUAAUCUAGGUGGAAUGGCACCUCCGGUAGGUCGUCAUUUGAACGUCGAUCGACAACUUUUAUCGGAUGAGUUCGACGAUAUCCUAACGGUAACAACCAGUGCCACCAACGACACUGACAAAGAUAGCAGUGAUAUCGUUAUUCUGGAUUAUCCGUCGAGUAGCAGCACUCCAACUCCACAACCGGAUGUUAUCGAGAUGCCGCCCGAACGAAUUCCUUUCAUUCCACCCGGUAGUCGGCGACACAAUCCCAUGACAGCGUCGACCAGUUCAACGUCGACCUCCAAAAGCUCUCUUAUUAAUCGGUUCCUUCGGAACGUCACGCAGAAGAAGAUUCUCGAGGCCACAAUCAAACAGAACAGUUUCUUCCAGUCGAAACUAAGCACGGAAAGAAAACUGUUCGAUAAUUUGGUUCCGAAGGGGGUUAAAUCUUUGAAUCGAGAUUUGAUUGAGGAUUUGAAUGCGGAAAUAGCUAUGGAAAUAGAACUGAGUUCGUCUGCCUGUCAGCUUGAUAGGAUUCAACUGAACGAUUGUCACGUUGGUCAAACUGGAUAUGGAUUGUCACUUGCCGAUGUGAAAUUUGAUGGAGGCGGCGUAGGAGUCGGUGAAAUUCCCGUGGAAAUUUUCAACGGUAAUCGUUUGCACAUUUUCCGUAACGAGAACGAAGUCUUGAUGAAAGUUUUCAAGCUGUACAAUGGAUAUAGUCGGGAAGGGUACAUGACUCCGGUGUUGGUGUUUUUGACUGAUAAAACUCUGUACGUGACGGAUCAGGUCAGGAAUCGACUGUGUAACAAAUUUGUACUUCCCUACUCGGAACUGGACGUAAUACUGGUCGGUCCCUACGGCAAUACGGUUCUGUUGAGUAACUCUGCCCGGGAUAUGCAGCAAGUAUUGCUAGCGGGUGGUCCUUAUCCGGCCGAUGGUUUAGUUUCGAGCUUGGAAAUGUGUGCUCGAAGGGGUGGCUCUAUUUUACCGGCCGUUGGACAACUGACGCUAGAUCACUUGGCUCCACUGCAGGCUUUCGUUCGGGAUAAUUCGAAUGUUAGCCAUGAUGAUUCUUGGAAAUACUAUGCCGUUGUAAAUACUCCGGCCGGGACGCUGGGCGGCGAAGAAGAACCGUUGGGACCGCAUCUGAAGGGACCUCUGAUGCAUAGGAGAAUGUCGCAUGCAGGGUUUGUUGACAAUUGGGCGGCUGGAUAUUUUCUUUUGAAAGCUGGAGUGCUGUACCUGUUUGCGGAUGCAAGCCAAAAACUCCCGACGUGGGCGGUAGCCUUGGCGGAAUGUCAAGGAGCAAGACGUUCGCUUCAUUCGGGAAGACCGUACUGUUUCGAGUUGUUACUAAGAACUGGCGCUCUGCAGCUUGCUGCUCCCGAUGAGUACGUUGCAUCCGAUUGGUUGCAAGCCUUGGUGCAAGCUGCCAGUGGGCUAUUCGAGGUUCAGGAACGUCGACGAACGCUGGGAUGCACGUUGAUUAUGACAUCCAAUCAUUUGUUGACCCUUCGGGAAGAUUUUAGUUCUCCGCUGAGAAGAAACACAAUUUCGACGAGCGCAAAUUCUAGUCUUAUGAUGUCCCCGUCAAAGGAGAACGUCAACCCGAAUGUACAGCAAACCGGAGAGCCUAGAAAAUUGAGCAACUCAAACUUAUUGGAUACUUCCAGUGAGAUAAGCUCGAUCCGUUCAACUGGAAGCACUCCGACGAAAGUCCACGGUAUCAUCAGUUCCGAUCGUCGCUCGAAUUCCACAACCAGCACCCCAACCAAAGGUAGCAGUUUGCAGCAGUUUAACGACCGGGACAAACAGGCGAUCAAUUCUCCUUCGAGAAGCUACCGUCGUCCUUCAUCGUUGGUUGAUGGGCUGGUACUGGGCUCGAACGAAGAGAAAAGCUACACCAACAUGAGCAGUUUCUACGGGAAAAAUUCCGGCCUGGAAGUUUUGACUUGCGCAAGUAUUGAUGAGAUGUCGGCCGUCAAAAUACCGGCCAUUUCCUCCAAUUGGUGGUGUGUCUUGGAAUUCGAAUGCCAGGAAGUUCGAGAAAACUCCGACGACCUUGUGGUAUUCUUUUCGACAAGCUCGGAACAGGAACGUUUCCUGUCGAUGCUGGAAUCAAUCUGGCACUCCAAGAAGGACGAACCUUUUCCGGCGUCGAUCGUGACCAGUGAGAAUGAACUGUACCAGCACUGCUCAAAACUGUUUCUCGAGAUCAAUCGAUCCUGGGAACCACUGUUGUCCGCUGCCUUAGGCUAUCCACAGUAAGUUCGGAUCUGCCGGGCCAACCGUACGGUAGGUAUCAGGUGCAUAUGUACAUACGAUUGGGGACGGAUACGGUUCCUUUCCCGUAAUGAUUGCUCGUACAAAACUUUCGUUACACCUGGAAGACCUGUUAGUAGGAAUCUUCGGAAUCGGAUGGUGAUAGGUAUUCAAGGCUAUACCCUAAACUGUGCUUUGUUAGAACUUUUGUUUUGGGCUGGAUCCAAAAAUAAAUGAAAUGUAGGUUAUUAUUUGCGGCUUGGAAAGGUUUCGUUGCGGCUUAUCGACCGGAUGAGAGUCGAUCGUUGAAUGAUUUGAACGAGUUAUUAUUUUGAGCCUAAGAUUGUAUACAGUUGUAGUAGGAGAAGACAAUAUUUACCGCAAACAUUUAACUUAAAAAAAAGUGUAAUCACAAUAGUUGAAACAAAGUAUUAAACAAAAACAAAACAAACCUUUUCCAUGCAAAAUGAUUAAACAAUUUAUACGUGUAAGAAAUAUUUAGCUUUAUAUAUAGUCAAUGUGCAGUUUAAACAAUGGUUAGCUUUCUAUGGUAAAAAUAUUUGAUACAUUCUCGGUGCAGCUCUGCAUCUAUCUGCUAUCUAACGAGCUUGCUUACAAUCAUCGCUGCUAUUUCUUCGUUUUGUUAUUCCUGUUCAUUUUAAAGCAUACCAAAUAUGAAAAAACUACAAGGAUCAGCCCCAUGGGGUUGUUCGAGCCAUUGAUGUGGAACAAGGCAACCAAAAUCUCCAAUGAUCGACAUUUUCAAUUAAUCAUCAUACUUUUGAAUCCGCAAAUGCACGAGAGUCUGCUUAGAUUGAUCUUUAUUAGGAACCAACACCGAACACGCGAACCCGGAAUAUAGACUCUGUUUGUCGUGAUUUGUAUUUGUUUUGUAGCUGACGAAAUUACAUCAAUAGCCCAAAUGUAUGCAAUUAUAUGUUUGUACAUAAUUGCGAUACGGAUAUCGAUAUUUAAGCUUCACUUUGUCAAGCUUGUGUUCAAGUAUUGUAUGCGAGCAGUUAUUUUUAUAGCGUUUCUCUACCAUUACUGCCAAUCUGCGAUUUCGGUUGAAGCGAUAAACUAUUUCUCAUUAUCAAUCGAGUUCAUCUUAUUUAAAUUGGAAAUUAAUCUUAAGUACUCAAAAUUUACCCUGAGGUAGUCGCAAAUUUCUCAGGCGAAAACGACAUAACAUAGAAUUUCAUCCGAACUCGCAUGACACAAGAUCGGAGCAUACCCAUUAAAGCUUUAAAUCGUUUUAUGGCACUUUUUGUCUUGCUGUCUAGCAACAACCUACCCCUAGCAUGCUACUCGUUGGACUGAAACGUUAGCUAAAAUUUUGCUUAUAUUUAUAGCUUCGCGUGCUUCCAACAGCUUCGCUUUUGCAUCGAUUGACCAAUCAGAACGAUGCUUUCCCUUUGAUAUAUCGCUUACUCCUUCAAAACCGUCGACUAUGGCAGGGAAAUCCGGUAUGCUGGAGAUUUGUUGCAGACAAAAUAGGACACUGCUAGCUAUUAAUCAACAUUUCAAUCAUAUAUAAUUGAAAAUACGUGGUUUGAUACAUUCAAAUCGAAACAUAGAAAUAUUUCCAAUCAAAUGGUGACAUAAUAUUAAUAAUUGAUACAAAAUAGACUGAGCUGUAAGGGUUUAAAACCUGACCACAUAUCUACGUGUAUUUUUCUUGAGUUUCCCCAAUAUAGAAAACAAAAAUGUGUUCCACAUGAAAAAAUUGAACUUGAUCGAUUUAAUUUGUUCCCUAUAUUUCCGUUCUUCGGGUUGUUUUGAAAAACCGUUUUGACUCGAACCGUCAACUGAAAUUCUAGUUACAUGUCCGUUCAACUUUUGCUGUCAUGGUUCAGGUGUAUUGGCCUUCAUUGCUAAACUACGUUUAUGUAUUUCUCCGCGAAUAUCAUUUUCGAAGAGCACCAGUGAGCUUAACUACACAAUUUUUUCUACCAUCUCAAUAUCGUCAUCGUCUUUCGAUAUUCGUGGUCAGUGGCGAUCCUUUCCUUCCACAUAUUUUGGCUUCAUCGCAACCGCCUAACACCACAAAUUUCCUUACGUUAGAAACAUCAGUGUCAACUGUGAAAACAAAAAUGUGGACGGAAUAUGCAGCUGCAAAUCGCUUAUCAAAUCAAAAAGUUAUUGUAGAACCUUUCAGUAGGCACAAGUUUAUAUCUGUCAAGAAUAUGUUCUCGAGCUAUGUUAUUUUUCCUAAACUAUUUUUACAUACGUUUCGUCGUCCGUCAUUAUGCAUUUUUUGUCUCCGAUUAGAAUCCUUGUUAUAAAACUACAUUGACACGAAUAAUCGUUUAUUUCAAACUACAAUCAGGUCGAUGAAGGCUCGAGGACAUGUCGGUAUUUCGGCAGGCAAGGCUGUUGCACUGGCGUAUUUGGGCCCUUUUGUUGGCUGUUCUAUCAACCGUUGCUUACCCCGGACAAAGGAUCAGAAAGUUUUUUUGGACCGAAGAGACGAAGGACCUUAAGGUUAAAACCUAAAUAAUCGAAAUAAUUAAAGAACGGAUCUGUUCGUCAUUUCGUAAAGUUCACACUGCAAUAGCGUUACGAAAUUACUUUAGAUUCGAUCGCUCAAUCGCUAUUUCCCUGUUCGAUUAUUUACUUCUUCUGGUAACAGUUCGGCUGAAAAGUUCGUAUCGUUUAAUAGAAACACACAUUUUUUUGCCAAAAUUCGUUUUUAUUAUUCAACAUAAUUGCCAUCAGAGGCGAUACAGCGAUUAUAGCGAUCUUCCAACUUUUCGAUACCAUUUUUGUAGUACGAUUUGUCCUUUGCCUCAAAAUAGGCCUCAGUUCCAGCGAUUACCUUUUCAUUGCUUCUAAAUUUUUUACCAGCGAGCAUUCUCUUGAGGUCUGAGAACAGGAAAAAGUCACUGGGGGCCAAAUCUGGAGAAUACGGUGGAUGAGGAAGCAAUUCGAAGCCCAAUUCGUUCAAUUUCAGCAUGGUUUUCAUCCACUAGUGACACGGUGCAUUGUCUUGAUGAAACAAAACUUUUUUCUUCUUCAAAUGAGGCCGUUUUUUUGAAAUUUCGUCCUUCAAACGCUCUAAUAACGCUAUAUAAUAGUCACUGUUGAUGGUUUUUCCCUUUUUAAGGUAGUCGAUGAAAAUUAUACCAUGCGAAUCCCAAAAAACAGACGCCAUAACCUUACCGACCGAUUGUUGAGUCUUUCCACGCUUUGGGUUCGGUUCAUCGCGUGCAGUCCACUCAGCUGACUGUCGAUUGGACUCCGGAGUGAAGUGAUGGAGCCAUGUUUCGUCCAUUGUUAUAUAUCGACGAAAAAAAUCGGUUUUAUUUCGAUAUAACAGCUCCAAACACUGCUCAGAAUCAUCAAUUCGUUGUUGUUUUUGAUCGAUUGUGAGCUCACGCGGCACCCAUUUUGCACAAAGCUUUCUCAUAUCCAAAUAUUCGUGAAUAACAUGUUCAACACGUUCCUUUGAUAUCUUUAGGGUGUCAGCUAUCUCGAUCAACUUCACUUUACGGUCAUUGAAAAUCAUUUUGUGGAUUUUUUUCACGUUUUCAUCGGUAACAGCCUCUUUUGGACGUCCACUGCGUUCAUCGUCUUCGGUGCUCAUAUGACCAGUACGAAAUUUUGCAAACCACUUACGAAUUGUUGCUUCGCCCGGUGCAGAGUCUGGAUAACACUCAUCAAGCCAUUUUUUGGUUUCGGCG